CCGCCUCUCGGAGGCCAACCCGGGCGGCGCCGGCCGCCUUGCGGGCCGCGGGUCCGCCUCCGCCGCGCCGAGGGCGUGGGCUCCGGGCUCCCGGAAGCGGCGGCCGCGGCGUGGAGCCCAGCGGGCUGUCGGUCGCCGGAGCCACAAUGCACGGCGACCGGGGGCUGUGAGCUGAGCGCGGCGGCGCGGCCGUGGAUGGCGGCUCGCUGAGGCGGUGGCGCGGCGCGGGCUCCUCCCGGCGUGGGGUGGCGGGGCCGCCGGGGUGAUGCUGCUCAAGCUCCUGCAGAGACAGACCUAUACCUGCCUAUCCCACAGGUAUGGGCUCUACGUCUGCUUCGUGGGCGUCGUGGUCACCAUCGUCUCGGCUUUCCAGUUCGGAGAGGUGGUUCUGGAAUGGAGCCGGGAUCAAUACCAUGUUUUGUUUGAUUCCUACAGAGACAAUAUUGCUGGGAAAUCCUUUCAGAAUCGGCUCUGUCUGCCCAUGCCGAUCGACGUGGUCUACACCUGGGUGAAUGGCACAGACCUGGACCUGCUCCAGGAACUGCAGCAGGUCCGGGAGCAGAUGGAGGAAGAGCAGAAAGCUAUGAGGGAAGUCCUUGGGAAGAACACAACAGAACCAACAAAGAAGAGUGAGAAACAGUUGGAGUGCCUGCUGACGCACUGCAUCAAGGUGCCCAUGCUUGUUCUGGACCCGCCCUUGCCAGCCAACAGCUCCCUGAAAGACCUGCCAGCUCUUUAUCCAUCUUUUCAUGCCGCCAGUGACAUGUUCAAUGUUGCAAAGCCGAAAAAUCCUUCUACGAAUGUAUCAGUUGUUGUUUUUGACAGGACUAAGGAUGUUGAAGAUGCCCAUGCUGGACUAUUUAAGGGAAGCAGCAAGCAGACAGUCUGGAGAGCCUACCUGACGACAGACAAAGAAGUCCCAGGCUUAGUGCUGAUGCCCGACUUGGCCUUCCUGAGUGGCUUCCCGCCGACGUUCAAGGAGACAAGUCAGCUGAAGACAAAACUGCCAGAAAACCUUUCUUCAAAAAUCAAACUGUUGCAGUUAUAUUCGGAGGCCAGUGUCGCGCUUCUAAAACUGAAUAACCCCAAAGGUUUCCAAGAGCUGAACAAGCAAACCAAGAAGAACAUGACCAUCAAUGGGAAAGAGCUGACCAUCAGCCCUGCGUAUCUGCUGUGGGACCUGAGUGCCAUCAGCCAGUCCAAGCAGGAUGAAGAUGUGUCUGCCAGCCGUUUCGAAGAUAACGAAGAGCUGAGGUAUUCAUUGCGAUCUAUCGAAAGACAUGCGCCCUGGGUUCGGAAUAUUUUCAUUGUCACCAACGGGCAGAUUCCAUCCUGGCUGAACCUUGACAACCCUCGAGUGACCAUAGUAACCCACCAGGACAUAUUCCGAAAUUUGAGCCACCUGCCUACUUUCAGUUCACCUGCUAUUGAAAGUCACAUUCAUCGCAUUGAGGGGCUGUCACAGAAGUUUAUUUAUCUAAAUGACGAUGUUAUGUUCGGUAAGGAUGUUUGGCCAGAUGACUUCUACAGCCACUCCAAAGGCCAGAAGGUUUAUUUGACGUGGCCUGUGCCCAAUUGUGCCGAGGGCUGCCCCGGCUCCUGGAUUAAAGAUGGCUACUGCGACAAGGCCUGCAACAAUUCCGCCUGUGACUGGGACGGCGGCGAUUGCUCUGGUAACAGUGGAGGAAGCCGCUAUGUUGCAGGAGGUGGGGGUACCGGGAAUAUUGGAGCCGGACAGCCCUGGCAGUUUGGUGGAGGAAUAAACAGUGUCUCUUACUGUAACCAAGGGUGUGCGAAUUCCUGGCUUGCCGAUAAGUUCUGCGACCAAGCCUGCAACGUCUUGUCCUGCGGGUUUGAUGCUGGUGACUGUGGACAAGAUCAUUUUCAUGAACUGUAUAAAGUAACACUCCUCCCCAACCAGACUCACUAUGUUAUCCCCAAAGGUGAAUACCUGCCCUAUUUCAGCUUUGCAAAAAUAGCCAGGAGAGGAAUCGAAGGCGCCUACAGUGAUAACCCAGUCAUCCGACAUGCAUCCAUUGCAAACAAGUGGAAAACCAUCCACCUCAUCCUGCAUAGUGGGAUGAACGCAACCAUGGUCCACUUUAAUCUCACACUCCAAAGGGAAAAUGACGAAGAGUUCAAAAUCCAGCUAACAGUAGAGGUGGACACCAGGGAGGUGCCAAAGCUGAACUCUACAACCCAGAAGGCCAAUGGGAAUUUGGGUAGCCCAGUGACACCUCUUCCCCAGGCUGAAAUCCCUUUUGAAGACGUUCCCAAAGGGAAACGCUUCCCCAAGGUCCGGAGAUAUGACGUAAACACAACAGGGAGAUUCCAAGAGGAGGUGAAAAUCCCCCUGGUGAACAUUUCACUCCUUCCAAGAGAAGCCCAGGUGAGACUGAGCAACUUGGAUCUGCAACUGGAACUUGGAGACCUCACUCUGAAAGGAUACAACUUAUCCAAGUCAGCCUUGCUGAGGUCUUUCUUGGGGAGCUCACCAGAUCCUGAAGUAAAACCUCAGGCUAGAAGGACUGACCAAACAAAAGACAAUUUGGAGAUCCCACAGGAAAAGCCCUCUCACAAAAGCCCAGGGGGCUUUGUUGUUGGUCAGAGAUCGGAGAGAUGGACGUCCCCAGUGGGGACAGUGAACGCGAAUGGCCAGGACAGUGAUUUGAAUCCACCCCCGGUCUUGGAGACCAAUGUAAGAGCUAAGCCAGAGACUCAGGCGCCACGUGCACUAAGCAUGCGUGUAACCAAGGAAGGGCUCCCGGGCAGAGAAGAGGAAGGAGGCCAAGUGGAGGGCGAUGUUGACAGCCGCAUAGCUGUAAAUGAAGUAGUGCCCGGUCGGAGGCUGCAGCACUACACGCACACUUACCCAGGCUUUUUGCCUUGGGAGAAAAAAAAGUCCUUCCAAGACCUUCUUGAUGAGGAAGAGUCAUUGAAGAUACAGUUGGCAUACUUUACUGAUAGCAAACGUACGAGGCGGCAGCUAAAAGACACGUUCGCGGACUCACUCCGAUACGUCAAUAAAAUUCUAAAUAGCAAGUUUGGCUUCACGUCCAGGAAAGUCCCUGCACACAUGCCGCACAUGAUUGACAGAAUCGUUAUGCAAGAACUGCAAGACAUGUUCCCUGAAGAGUUUGACAAGACCUCAUUUCACAAGGUACGCCACUCUGAGGACAUGCAGUUUGCCUUCUCGUAUUUUUAUUAUCUCAUGAGUGCAGUCCAGCCCCUGAAUAUUUCUCGAGUCUUUAAUGAAGUAGAUACAGACCAAUCUGGUGUCCUGUCCGAUAGAGAAAUCCGAACACUCGCUACCAGAAUUCAUGAUCUGCCUUUGAGCUUGCAGGAUUUGACAGGUUUGGAACACAUGCUAAUAAAUUGCUCAAAAAUGCUUCCUGCUAAUAUCACUCAACUGAACAAUAUUCCACCAACUCAAGAAGCAUACUAUGAUCCCAAUCUGCCACCGGUCACUAAAAGUCUUGUCACCAACUGUAAACCAGUAACCGACAAAAUCCAUAAGGCAUACAAAGACAAGAACAAGUAUAGGUUUGAAAUAAUGGGAGAAGAAGAAAUCGCUUUCAAAAUGAUUCGUACCAAUGUUUCUCAUGUGGUUGGCCAGUUGGAUGACAUAAGAAAAAACCCCAGGAAGUUUGUUUGUCUGAAUGACAACAUUGAGCACAAUCAUAAAGAUGCCCAGACAGUGAAGGCUGUUCUCAGGGACUUCUAUGAAUCCAUGUUUCCCAUACCUUCCCAGUUUGAGCUGCCAAGAGAGUAUCGGAACCGUUUUCUUCACAUGCAUGAGCUGCAGGAAUGGAGGGCAUAUCGAGACAAGUUGAAGUUUUGGACCCAUUGCGUACUAGCAACAUUGAUUAUAUUUACUAUAUUCUCAUUUUUUGCUGAACAGAUAAUUGCUCUUAAGCGAAAGAUAUUUCCCCGGAGGAGGAUACACAAGGAGGCUAGUCCAGAUCAAAUCAGGGUGUAGAAGAUCUUCAUUUGAAAAUCACCUACCUCAGCGUCUUCUGAGCAUCUCACACCUCGCCAUCAUAGGGGUGUCCCCAUGAUGCAAUGCACAGACACAAGGGUGUCCCCACGAUGUGAUGCACGGAAGGCCUGCUCGGAAGCAGGGACAACAAGCAGACCAUGUUCUUCUGCAGCAUGAAUAGAGCCCCCUGCCCUGGAAUUCAUCAGCACACUUAGAACUCGUGUUGACGGCUUGUACAGCUUGUAUUUUUAAAGGAUGUGCCGAAGGACCUGUCGGCUUGUUGAUGAACCCUCUCUGACAAACUUCUGGUUUCCUUCCUUGCAGCCUAAGAAGUCAGGCCAGCCUGGGAGCAAGUGCUGAGGGAGCCCAGGCUUUGCAUUCCAGUCUUUUGGCAUAACUUUUCACUUUCCUCUUCUUUUAUUCCUUUCUCAUUUUUAAAAAUAAGUAGCUCCUAAGCUAGUUAUUCUCGCUUCUGAAAAUAACGAAUCAGGAUGUCCAAACAUGUUUGUACAGAUCUUAUUUAAAUAAUGUACAACUAGCACUUCCUUUUAGCAUAAUCUAAAUUAUUGACUUUAUUAACAUUGAAGUGGUCUUGAAUCACUAACACCUACUGAAGAGCUCGGUGAUUGAGUGAAAGUGCCCUGUCUAACUUAGUCCCCCAGGAUACUGUGAUUUUGUCUGCAGGCCUAAUUGCAAAGGGCUAGUGUCAAGUACCAAUGCUACUCACCAGAUGUAAUUAUGUCUUGGAAACGUACACACUCAAACAAAAGUGCCUCACUUUAGAAAUGAGUAGCACUGACGGCACCCGGCGACCCUGGUGUCCAGUUGAAAAUCCACCGUAUCUUCCAACAGCUCACUUUCAGCUUACUCUGUCAGAACAGGGUCAGCCAACUUUUUCUGUAAAAGAACAGAGAGUAAAUAACUUGAGACACA